AUGGCAUCGCCAGACCCUAAUGGAUUUACAUGGGGCGCGGCUGAUGGAGUCUACGAUUUUGUUAGGAAAAACGACAAACUUCUGCGUAUACAUACUCUUUUUGGUCAAGGGCAAUACCCGCAAUGGGUCGACAGUCUUCAACCAGAUCAAUUGGAGGAUGCAAUGGCCAAGUUGAUUUGGAAUGUGAUCGCAAGGUAUAACGAACGGGCAAUAGCAAUUGAUGUUUGCAAUGAGAUCUUUAAUGAUCAAGAUGGCCACAUGCGAGAUAAUACCCCUUGGGUUCGAAAUACAAAUAAACACAAGGGAUUUGUUGAAUUUGUUUAUUGGCAUGCUAGACAGGCAAGCCUGACGUAUAACCAAAACCUGCUACUCUAUCUGAAUGAUUAUGGGAUUGAGGGUCCAGGACCAAAGGCCAAUGCAAUACUCAACAAAGCUACUUACCUCAAAGGCAGAAAUCUUCUAGAUGCUGUAGGAUUCCAAUGUCACUUUACUGUGGGCAAGCUUCCACAAGGGAUCGAGGAAAAUAUGAAACGUUUUACGGAUGCAGGUCUGAAGAUUGCUAUCACAGAGCUGGACAUUGCAAUUGAGAAUGUUGAUUCAAAUGGGGCAUAUCAAGCAGUUCUAGAACAACAAGCCAAGGAUUUCCAGCAUAUUUUUGACAUAUGUGAACGUUUGCAAGGGUGUGUAUCAGUGACAGUCUGGGGAGUCACUCCAAAGGACUCUUGGAUUGGCAAGAAUGGCGUCAGCAUGGGGUCUGGAAAAGCCUUACUGUUUGAUGAGAAUUACCAACCAACUCUUGCAUUGAAAAAACUUCCACAAAAGCUGUUCGAGAACAGUAGAAAUUCAAACUAG